AUGGCGGCCCUACGUGACGCCGCCCGACAUCCGGCCGCGACAGCCGUCCCUCUGUUGCGCGAGCACGAACACGACCACGACGAGGAGCACCCACAGCUCGAGGAGACCAAGCCGCAGCUGCAGGCCCGGCUGCGCUUGUACUGGCUGGCGACAGUGCUCUGCUGCGGCGCGCUGUUGUUUGGCUACGACUCGGGUUUAAUCGGCGGCGUGUUGACCUUCCAGUCGUUCCACACUGAUUUCCGCUUCGGCGACUAUGGCAUUCCCAGCGAGACGACCGUCAGCGCCAUCGCCGUGGGCAGCCAGCAGGUCGGCGCUCUGGUCGGGUGUCUCGCCAUCUGGCCCGUAAACAACUACCAGGGCCGCCGCAUGGCCAUCGGGGUCUGCGCCGCCGUGUUUUGCGUGGGAGUCGUGCUGGAACUAAUCCCCACACUUUCCUGGUUCUAUCUCGGCCGGUUCAUCGCUGGUUUGGGAGUGGGCGGCUCGUCCAGCGUCAUCCCCAUCUACCUCUCCGAAAUGGCGCCCAAGGACCUGCGCGGCCAGCUGGGCAGCUGCUACCAGUUCAUGUUCACUAUUGGCAUCUUUGUCUCGUACUGGAUUGAUUAUGCCGUCGGCCAGAUGGCGUCCGGCUCCGCACAGUGGCAGAUCCCCAUUGCGCUACAACUCGUACCCGGCGCGCUGAUGGGGCUGGGCGUGAUGACGCUGCACGAGAGCGUCCGCUGGCUCUCUGCACGGGGCGAACACGACAGGGCCCGUCGCAGUCUCGAAUGGAUCCGCGCAGAUAACAAGUCUUUUGCUGUCGUUGACGAACUAGCCGAAAUCAGCACGGCCAUCGACGACGAACUACGCGAAAAGUCCGGGCUUACCGUGCGCGAGCUGUUUUGCGAAUGGCCCAAUACCCACCGUAUUUUACUUGCCGUGGGCAUUUUUCUGGCACAGCAGUCAACCGGCGCUACGGCGCUGGCAUACUUUGGUCCGCAGUUUUUCGCGCUGAUUGUCGGUCCCGGAUCGAAGACGUUGUUGCUUACGGGAAUUUUUGGGUUUAUUAAAGUGGCUUCCUGUGGAGCGUUUAUAUUGUUUUUGUCGGAUCGGUUUGGACGCAAAGUGCUGCUGUUUGUGGGCGCGGCGGUGAUGGCUGUGUUUAUGUUUGUGACGGCUGCGCUGGUGCGGUCUAUCACGGGGAUGGACUAUGGAAACACCACCACCACCUCCUCCUCCUCCUCCUCCUCCACCACCAACAGCCCUGAGCCUAGUACUACUACUACUACAACUGCAACAGGCAUCAUCACCGUCGCCCUCAUCUACCUCAGCAUAAUUUUCUUCAAUCUCAGCUGGGGCCCUCUACCCUGGCCCUACACCUCCGAAAUCUUCCCCACGCGCAUCCGCGAAAGCGGCGUGACGUGCGGUGUCGCAGCACAAUGGACGUUCAACCUCGUAUGGAGCUCGGCCACGCCGUUUUUGUUGGUGAAACUGGGGUGGGCGACUUUUGCGUUGUUUGGCGUGCUGGAUGUUGCAGUUAUGGUCUUUGUGGUGCUGUGUUUGAAGGAGACGGCGAGGAAGACGCUGGAGCAGAUUAAUGCCUUGUUUGAGGAUGUUGCUGCUGCUCCUGCUGCUGCUGUUGAUCAGCAGAGAGAAGAUGGGACGAGGAGGAGGUUGUUGGGGGAUUAUUCGCGCGAGGAUGAAUAA